CGUUCCGGAGCUUUGCUAAUCGGAGCACAGCUAAACAUGGCAUCCGACGGCCCUCCGGGCACUGAGUCUCUUCCGUCUGAUUUAGGGAACGCGAUUGCGGCUUUAGCCACAUGGAGCAACCCGGAGCUUCAGUCCAAACUGGCGGAGCUGGGAGCCCCCACGAUGGGCCCCAGAGAGGAGCUGAUUGACAGACUGAAGGGUUACAUGAUUCAGACCGGCAUCCGGCUCAGCAAACCAAAUGAUGACACACCUGUGGGUCCUCAGCUCCCGUCUCUGCCUCCGCUGCCCCCGAUGCCCAUGCCGCCCAUGCCUCCCGGAAUGGGCAUGCACCCGGCAAUGAGUAUGAUGCCCACAGGCCCCCCUCCACCCAGCAUGCACAUGGGCAUAGAGGCCCCGCGUCUGCCCCCUCCUGGCAUGUCGCAGGACGAUCAGCUGAAGAUGGUUCAGCAGAGAGCAGCUAUGGUGUUGCAGCAGGAGGAGAGGGCCAAACAGCAGGGUGACGAACAGGAGCUUCUGGAGCAGCAGAAAAGGGCUGCAGUGCUGCUAGAACAGGAGCGUCAGCAGGAGAUAGUUAAGCUGCAGGUCCCGGGGCCCAUGGCCAUGCCCAUGCCCCCAGUCAGCACAGUGAGAGGUUUGGAUCCUCGUGGGCCGCUGCCUCCUGGUGUCACUAUGUUGCCCCCAAAACAAAGAGUUCCACCUCCUCCAGGAGAAGAUAACAGAGAGGCCUGGCAGGGAGAGGACAUCAGUGGACCCAAAAUCCCUCAGGCUCUGGAGAAGAUCCUGCAGCUGAAGGAGAUUCGACAGGAGCAGCUCACUGACCCCACAGAAGAGGAUGAAGAUGACGAUGAGGGAGCAGACAUGGACAUGACCAACUCUGCUCAUGUCAUGUCUGAGACGGAUGACGAUGACAGUCAGAUGUCUAAGAAGGAUAAAAACCGCAGACGCAGAAAUCGCAAGAAGAAGAGCAAGAAGAAGCGAGCCCAAGAGAAGAAGGAGCAGGCAGUGCAGCAGAAGAAGGAGGGCAGCACCAAGGAGAAGGAGAAAGAGAAGGUGACAGAGGUGGAGAUUGAGUACGUCACAGAGGAGCCGGAGAUCUACGACCCCAACUACAUCUUCUUCAAGAGGAUCUUUGAGGCCUUCAAGCUGACUGACGAUGUGAAGAAGGAUAAGGAGAAAGAGCCCGAGAAAACUGAGAAGCAGUCGAUGAUUCUGAGGAAAAAAGGAUUCGAGGAGGAGAAGAAAGACAGCGACGACAGCGAUGAGGAGGUGAGACACAACGUCCCAAAACUGUCCAAGAAGAAGCUGAGGAGGAUGAACAGACUCUCAGUGGCCGAACUCAAACAGCUGGUGGCCCGUCCAGAUGUGGUGGAGAUGCAUGAUGUGACAGCCCAGGAGCCAAAGCUGCUGGUCCACUUGAAGGCCACCAGGAACACGGUGCCGGUGCCUCGUCACUGGUGCUUCAAAAGAAAGUAUCUGCAGGGAAAGCGAGGCAUAGAGAAACCCCCCUUUGAGCUCCCCGAAUUUAUCAAGAGGACUGGAAUCCAGGAGAUGAGAGAAGCCCUGCAGGAGAAGGAGGAUGCCAAAACCAUGAAAACCAAAAUGAGGGAGAAGGUUCGUCCCAAGAUGGGAAAGAUCGACAUCGACUACCAGAAGCUUCACGACGCCUUCUUCAAAUGGCAGAUCAAGCCCAAGCUCACGAUCCACGGAGACCUUUACUACGAGGGUAAAGAGUUCGAGACUCGUCUGAAGGAGAAAAAGCCCGGAGAUCUGUCUGAUGAGCUGAGGAUCGCUCUGGGGAUGCCCGUCGGACCUAACGCUCACAAGGUUCCUCCUCCGUGGUUGAUCGCCAUGCAGCGGUACGGCCCCCCUCCCUCCUACCCCAACCUCAAGAUCCCUGGACUGAACUCCCCAAUCCCUGAUAACUGCACUUUUGGAUACCACGCUGGUGGCUGGGGCAAACCGCCGGUGGACGAGAUGGGCAAACCUCUUUAUGGUGACGUGUUUGGGACCAACUCUGCAGAUUUCCAGGCCAAAGUGGAUGAGGAGGAGGUGGACCACACCCCAUGGGGAGAGCUGGAGCCUUCAGACGAGGAGUCCUCGGAGGAAGAGGAGGAGGAGGAGAGCGACGAGGAGAAACCAGAUGAAACUGGAUUUUUCACACCAGCAGACAGCGGGCUGAUAACACCUGGUGGCUUCUCCUCGGUGCCCGCCGGCAUGGAGACCCCCGAGCUGAUUGAGCUGAGGAAGAAGAAGAUCGAAGAGGCCAUGGACGGGAACGACACACCACAGCUGUUCACUGUUCUCCCGGAGAGGCGGACCGGUCCUGUCGGCGCGGCCAUGAUGGCCUCCACGCACAUCUACGAUAUGUCGGCGGCCAUGACGACUCGUAAGGUGGGUGGAGGGCAGGAAUCUCAGGGUGUGGAGGUGGCUCUGGCCCCCGAGGAGCUGGAGUUGGACCCCAUGGCCAUGACCCAGAAGUACGAGGAGCACGUGAGAGAGCAGCAGGCUCAGGUGGAGAAGGAGGACUUCAGCGACAUGGUGGCUGAGCACGCCGCCAAACAGAAGCAAAAGAAGAGGAAGGCCCAACCGCAGGACACACGAAGCGGCGCCAAAAAGUACAAAGAGUUCAAGUUCUAGAGUGGCAGCAGAGGGG